CAGUAUUCCACAUCCACUGCCUCCUCCUCUCCCAGAUUUAAAACUCAAAAUUAUUUUUUUUUUGUAAAUAAAUGAAAACGAGUUCUUUCUCAAUUGAAUAGGAUUUCGUAGAUUUAUUAUAAAUCUGAUCUUCCUCUCACUCUCUCUCUCUCAAGCCAGGGAGAGAUAGCAGAAGGAAAACAGAGUCGUUUCAACAUUGAACAGUCUCUCUCAUGGCGGCGUAUACUCAUCAGCUACCCAUUUAACAAUCCACUUCUACGUGUUCGACGAUAUACAAUACUGGGUCGUUGUCCUAGGUGCAUCAACCCCUUCUAAACCCACCUGACUCGGCCUUCUGCAGAAUCCAGAUCCAUUUCUCUUUGAAGCUUUGAACUCCAUUUUUGUAUUUAUAAAUAGUGAUUACGUAGCGCCGGCAGUGAGCAAUCGAAAUACGGAAAGACCCCAUUUCCUAAUUUGAUCUAUUUGGGUUAGGUAAUCAAACCCGGAAUUCCGAUUCUUGGUGGCAAUUGACCAUGAGUGCGAAUGAAUCGAACUCUUCCAAUGGCGGACCCGGUGCGGUUCAGAUCCAGCAAAGCCGGCGAUUACCCGAUUUUCUACAGAGCGUGAAUCUCAAGUACGUGAAGCUUGGGUAUCACUACUUGAUUACCCAUCUAUGGAAGCUCUGCUUGGUCCCUUUGAUGGCGGCCAUUAUUGUCGAAGCGUCACGAAUGAACCCAGAUGACAUUCACCAGCUCUGGCUGCACCUCCAGUACAACCUCGUCACCGUCAUUACCUGCUCUGCUAUUCUCGUUUUCGGAUCCACCAUCUACAUCAUGACCCGACCCAGGCCCGUUUACCUCGUUGACUAUGCCUGUUACCGUGCCCCAGAUCAUCUUCAGGUCAAAUAUAAUCAAUUCAUGGAGCACUCCAAGCUCACUGGAGAUUUCGACGAGUCCUCCUUGGAUUUCCAGCGCAAGAUUCUCGAGCGUUCCGGUUUGGGGGAGGAGACGUAUGUCCCUGAAGCGAUGCAUCACAUCCCUCCGAGGCCGUCGAUGGCGGCUGCGAGAAAGGAAGCCGAGGACGUGAUGUUUGGUGCAUUGGAUAUGCUCUUUAAGAACACAGACUUGAAAUCUAAAGACAUUGGUAUCCUUGUUGUUAAUUGUAGCUUGUUUAAUCCUACUCCUUCGCUUUCUGCUAUGAUUAUUAACAAGUAUAAGUUGAGAGGCAAUAUUCGAAGUUUCAAUCUUGGUGGCAUGGGUUGCAGUGCUGGUGUCAUAGCUGUUGAUCUUGCUAAAGAUUUGCUACAAGUUCAUAGGAACACUUAUGCAGUUGUUGUUAGUACUGAGAAUAUCACUCAGAACUGGUAUUUUGGGAACAAGAAGUCUAUGUUGAUACCCAAUUGCUUGUUUAGAGUUGGGGGUGCUGCAGUUUUGCUGUCGAACAAACCUGUAGACAGUCACCGGUCCAAGUAUAAGCUUGUUCAUGUGGUGAGAACCCAUAAAGGAGCUGAUGAUAAGGCAUUUAAUUGUGUUUAUCAGGAACAGGACGAUCAGGGAAAGACGGGAGUUAAGUUGUCGAAAGAUCUUAUGGCCAUAGCCGGUAAUGCACUGAAGACUAAUAUCACCACUUUGGGUCCUCUGGUUUUGCCUAUAAGUGAGCAACUCCUGUUUUUUGCCACCUUGGUUUCUAAGAAGUUGCUUAAUGCGAAAGUGAAGCCUUAUAUUCCUGAUUUUAAGCUUGCUUUCGAUCACUUUUGCAUUCAUGCUGGUGGAAGGGCUGUAAUUGAUGAGCUUGAGAAGAAUUUGCAGCUUCUCCCGAUUCAUGUGGAGGCCUCUAGGAUGACUCUUCAUCGGUUUGGUAACACCUCAUCAAGCUCCAUUUGGUACGAAUUGGCGUACACAGAAGCGAAGGGGAGGAUGCGGAAGGGAAACCGUGUCUGGCAGAUUGCUUUUGGGAGUGGAUUUAAAUGUAACAGUGCUGUUUGGGAAGCUCUUAGGAAUGUGAAUUCCUCUGUUAAUAGCCCAUGGGAAGAUUGCAUCCAUAGGUAUCCAGUGCAGACCGUUCAGUAGUUCAACAACAUAAUGGUUAGAAUCUCUUAAAUUUAGUGAAGGUUACCGUGAUAGAUUGAUUAUAAAAUGUUCGUGCUCACUCGUUGUUUCCAUGUUAUCUUUCCUGCUAUUGAUUAUUUAGUGUUGAAAGUCAUAAAGACAUAAAGUCUUCUGUGUCUUAGGAAUCAUGAAAAAAGGGUCACCCCAUCACUGUUCCUGCAUUUGUAGUUGUUAUGCAGAAUGAGUUGGUGUUUGUAUCAUCAAUAUGUGUCUGUCUUCUCUUCUUCCCGAGACUUAAAAUUUGCGUGUAAACUCAUUUUAUUGAGUUUUCAGCAGAUUCUGAUGUAUGAAUUGAUCAUCUCUUAUUUGUACGUCAAUGAAUUUCAAAGAAGUUGCUUAAUAUGA